UCCUGUCGAACACGAGAUUCCGCCCUACCGCUACCGCUACCGGCAUUCUCGUUGCAUCAGCUGUCAUUCAGACCGCCAAUUCAAACCGGAUUACCAUUGGAAAUUCACAAACUCGAGGAUUUAUAUCCGGAACGAGAUUCAAAGCGAUGUAUAUGUCGGAAUACGCCGAUUUGCCUGCGCUUUUUUGAUAUACAGAAACCCCGGAGGAGUAACGCUGGGACAUCCUUCCAGCUCAUCACUAUGACCCGGAGCUCUGAAUGCCGCUAUAGCGAGUGAAUGAGGGAUCAGUUCUGAACCUUACUCCAAAACAUAUCACACCGAUUGCUGAAGUAAAGAGGCUCAAAAGAUAAUAGAUAACUCGGUAGACGUAUUCGGAAACCUAUCUAAAUGCACAUCUGGCACGCAUCUUGACUGAAAACAGGCGCCGCUCAGAUCGCGUGAUCGGCUGGCUCACGCUCACAGACUUUAGUUUAAACUGCUUUACCAACCAGUAGUCUGGAGUUCAGUGACAUGCAUGAGCGGGGAUCAUUCGUGUCUCCGUUGCUCAGUGGUGUUUUCUGCCAGUGCCGCUCGGAGGAGUAUCAGGGCUCGGAUCCGGGAGGUGGUGGUGGCCGGACUAUGGGCUCCACGCUGGCCGCCGCAACAUCACUCUCCGAGCACCGCCAUGAUGAGUCCCCGCAUCACUGCCCGGUGUGCGGCGGACCCGAGCAGGAGCAUCGGCUCAAGGUGCUUUUCCAGAUCUUGGAUGUCAACAGAGACGGGGGCAUCUGUGUCAACGAUCUGACCAUCGGACUGAAAAAGCUGGGAGUCCAUCGCACUGAACAUGAACUCAUGAAAAUCGUCAAGGCUGGAGACAAAGACUUGGAUGGUCAGUUGGACUUUGAGGAGUUUGUGCACUACCUGAGGGACCAUGAGAAGAAACUGAGGCUGGUCUUCAAGAGCCUUGACAAAAAGAACGAUGGUCGCAUAGAUUCACAGGAGAUCAUGCAGUCACUAAGAGACCUUGGGGUUCAUAUAUCUGAGGAACAGGCUGAAAAGAUCCUCAAGAGUAUGGAUAAAAACGGUACGAUGACGAUUGACUGGAAUGAAUGGAGAGAUUACCACCUGCUUCAUCCUGCUGACAACAUUCCUGAAAUCAUCCUCUACUGGAAACAUUCAACGAUAUUUGAUGUAGGGGAAAGUUUGAUGGUCCCUGAUGAGUUUACGGCAGAGGAAAAGAAAACAGGGAUGUGGUGGCGACACCUGGUAGCAGGAGGUGGAGCAGGUGUUGUGUCCCGUACCUGCACCGCACCCCUGGACCGCCUUAAGGUUCUCAUGCAGGUUCAUGCAUCACGCAGCAACACCAUGGGUAUCGCCGGAGGAUUCGCACAAAUGAUCCGUGAGGGUGGACUUCGGUCGCUGUGGCGAGGGAACGGUAUCAAUGUUUUAAAGAUUGCACCUGAGUCUGCUAUCAAGUUCAUGGCGUAUGAGCAGAUUAAGCGGCUGAUUGGCAGUAAUCAGGAGACGCUGGGGAUCCUGGAGAGGCUGGUUGCUGGGUCUCUAGCAGGAGCUAUUGCUCAGAGCAGCAUCUACCCCAUGGAGGUUUUAAAAACUCGUCUUGCCCUGGGAAGGACGGGUCAGUACUCUGGUAUCAUGGACUGCGCUAAACAUAUAUUUAAGAAGGAGGGACUGACAGCCUUCUAUAAAGGUUAUAUUCCCAACGUGUUGGGAAUCAUCCCUUAUGCUGGAAUAGACCUGGCUGUUUAUGAGACAUUAAAAAACUGGUGGCUUCAGAGGUUUGCUACAGACAGUGCUGAUCCGGGUGUGUUUGUGCUGCUAGCCUGUGGUACAAUGUCUAGUACUUGUGGACAGUUAGCAAGCUACCCAUUAGCCUUAGUGAGGACACGAAUGCAGGCUCAAGCAGCUUCUCAGGAAGGCAGCCCUCAGAUGACCAUGACUGGUCUCUUCAGACACAUUGUGAGGACAGAGGGCGCUAUUGGACUCUAUAGAGGCUUGGCACCCAACUUUAUGAAGGUCAUUCCUGCUGUUAGCAUCAGCUACGUGGUGUAUGAGAACCUAAAGAUCACCCUUGGCGUUCAGUCCCGGUAAGGGGAAUCUGAAGACUGUUAAAAUCCUAAAUGACUUUUGUUUUUCCUCUCAACUUUUAUCUUGAACUACUGAAUGAGAUCGUCCAAGAGGGCCAGUUUGCACUCGAAGAGAACUGUAGCAACUGUUGGCCAAGAAAGAGCUUGCAUGAGGUGAAGAGGAAAUCUUUGCGUCAAAGUGGUUUGGCUUUAUUCAGUGAAUGGAAGAGACCAGGGACAUGCAUAGAAAAACUUUCAGAUCGAUACCUCUGCAUAAAAUACAAUCCUAGCUGUAAGUAAAAUGUGAGCAUCUCAAAAUGGCAUCUGUAUUGGAUCCAGACACUCCCUUAUUCCACUCCUGAGGUCACGGGGUUGUGUUUGCUAUAUUAUAGUAGGGACCAAGAAUAUGAAAGAUAUUUUAAUAAACUGCUUUAUGGAAA